AUGGCCAGAGUCUGCGUUAGGAUGUUUUAUAUACUGGUUUUGUGCCCGGUUCUGCUCGCGUCGGCUGUUUUGACUUUGACCAUAGAUUCACAGCUUGGGACUUCCGUAGAAGAUUGUUUCGACCGCAUCUCAAUCGGCGAGCAGCUGCCACGCGACGCCAUCUAUCGAAAUGUCACGGAACUAACCACCAUAGAAUGCGAGCAGAUCUGCAAGCAAGACAAGCAGUGCCAGGCGUAUGAUUACGGAGUUGGUGCGAAGGGCAAUGCGACAUGCGACCUCAGCAACAUGAACGAAAAGCAAAUAAAGGACAAGAAUCUUUUCAUACGGAACCCUGACUACGACGUGUACGUCCGAAGAUUCCUAUGCGAGCAAUCCCCCCCUUUGCCGAUGGGCCAGCAAAACGGUCCAGAGGGUGAGAACCAACACCGUCCUGUCUUCCGACCAGGUGAGGAAGACCCUAAAAGACCCAUGUACGAUGAUUUAAACCCCUACGAAACCAGCAGACCGUCAUACAUCACUAGUGGACCCAUCAGACCAAGUUACGGUGGGGACGAACGACCUGAUGAAUAUAACACAGGGAGUCCCGAAAAUGUUAGACCCCCGAGUUACGGCGCACAUAAACCUCAAGAAAUACCUUUUCGACCGCCGAGCUACGGGUCGCAUAGACCUCAAGAAAUACCCUACAGACCUGAUGAAAGACCCCCAAGUUAUGGCUCCCAUAAACCUCAGGAAAUCCCCUAUAGACCUGACGAGAGACCCCCAAGUUACGGAGCUCAUAAACCUCAAGAAAUUCCCUAUAGGCCAGAACAGAGACCACCGAGUUAUGGAGUACAUAGACCUCAGGAAAUACCUUUUAGACCUGAUAAUGACAGACCCCCAAGUUACGGAGCCCACAAACCUCAAGAGAUACCCUAUAGACCUGAGGAUAGACCCCCAAUUUACGGAGCUCACAAACCCCAAGAAAUUCCCUAUAGGCCUGAACAGAGACCCCCGAGUUAUGGAGUCCACAAACCUCAAGAAAUACCUUUUAGACCUGAUAAUGACAGACCCCCAAGUUAUGGGUUACAUAAACCCCAAGAAAUACCCUAUAGACCUGAAGAUAGACCCCCAAGCUACGGCAUCCACAGACCUCAAGAUAUACCUUACAGACCUGUAAGACCUUCAUCAAACAAUUCAAGACCUGAUUCUUACGACCAACUAUAUUUCCAAGAUCCUUAUGGUAAACCAAGACCAGAAUAUUGGAGACCUGAUCCCUAUCAUCCACCCUUACCAGGAGACGAAAUCGAGGAUAUCUAUGGGCCUAAACCAAUAAGACCACAAUACGCACCAGAAAGGCCUCAAUAUCAAUACAUUAUCAGACCUAAUAGAAGACCUCCAAGGCCUCUAUCAGAAGAACAAGGAUACCAACAAGUAAAACCUCUUUAUCCGUCCAGACCUGAAUAUGGAACUGGUCUCAAUGAUCCAGACAGGCCAUACCAACCAACCAGACCUUAUGUUAAACCAAGUUAUACAUACACUGGUCAGUACGCAAGCAACUAUGGCACAUCACAAGAUAAUUCUAUUAAAGUGGAAAUAUAUGAUCCUCCUCGACCUUACAGACCAAGUGUUAGCCAAAGACCGUACCAAGAUAGUCUUUCAAACGGAGAAAUGUAUGGACAAGGCUAUGGAUACAAUAGCUAUUCAAACCAACAAUCCUUUUCUCAAAGUGCUUCUCAGUAUGGAUCAUGGAAUGAAAACUACCAAGGGUAUAAACCUCAAAAACCAAGCUCUGGUGGUUAUGGUGAUAGUGAAAAUGACGAUAUCGGUUAUGGACCUAAACCACAAAAACCAUCACUAUCUUCAGGGUCAUAUGGCCAAAAUGACCAAACUGGAUACAAUCAAGGAGUAGAAAGUUCUAGUGGCUAUGGUCAAACAAGUUCAAAUAGUCAAGGGUAUGGAAGUGCAUCAAGUACUAAUAAUGAUGGGCAAAGUGGUUAUGGAGGCCAAACUUCAUCAAAUGCUGAAGGGUAUGGUCAAAGUGGUUAUGGGGGGCAAUCUAGUUCAAAUAGUCAAGGAUAUGGAAGUGGUUCCAAUAGUCAAGGGUAUGGGCAAAGUGGUUAUGGAGGCCAAACUUCAUCAAAUGCUGAAGGGUAUGGCCAAAGUAGUUAUGGAGGACAAACUAGUUCAAAUAGUCAAGGGCAUGGACAAAGUGGUUAUGGAGACCAAACUUCAUCAAAUGCUGAAGGGUACGCUCAAAGUGGUUAUGGUGGACAAACUAGUUCAAAUAGUCAAGGUUAUGGAGGUGGAUCCAGUUCAACUAGUCAAGGAUAUGGCCAAGACAGUCAAUCAAGUUCAAAUAAUGCAGCAUAUGGCCAGAAUAGCUAUGGUAGCCAAAGCUCCUAUGGAAGUCAGACAAGUCAGCAAAGCAAUCAGUAUGGAAGCUCACAAAGUGGUUACGGUUACGAUAAUGAUCGCAAACCUAAUAAGGAUCAUGCGUCAAACAGGCUAGAUGUAAAGCCGGUGUAUGAAAAUGAGCCGAAGAAAUCGAAUGGUGAUUUGGUGACAUCGAGACCGGUGGCAGUUGGCACUGAUAGAAGAAAUCCAAAACCUGAUGAAUCUUAUGAAGCGUGCUUCAGGCGCGUGCUCGCCGGAAGACGUGCUCUGCGGAGUUACGUGAGGAAAGUAGUGAAUUGCGAACGCUUGGAGGACUGUCGGAGGGAGUGUGCUGAAGAGAGGAGGUUUCACUGUGAGAGCUUUAAUUAUAGAUUAGACCCAACCUUCCGCGGCAAAGGCCUAUGCGAGCUAAUGACCAAACCAAUCGAAGCCUUCGACCUCCAACAGGAUUUCGUUGACGACAAAGAAUACGAUUUCUACGAACUCGACCGAAACAGCUUGGAACCUUAUUGCCCAGAAACUCUUAGAGGUCCAGGUCUUUUACAUUCUGGUUACUUAUCCUCCAAACCAGGAAAAGUACCAAUGCAUGAUGAUCAAUGGAGAGACCGCACGGACUGGUCUGUGAAUGGGUUUAAGAGUUAUAAUAGAUUCUUUGAUGAGAAACAAACACAAACAUACAACAGGCGGUAUGAGGACGAAUUGUAUGUGCCUUAUCAAAUAGGAGUAAUAAAAAAUGACAACAGACGGACAGACGACAACUGGGGACAAUAUGGUGGAAGCUACGGAGGCACACACACUUACUACAAAGACAGAAAUGACUACCAUAAAUCCAAAAACCAUUGGGGUAUCACAGAACCACCAGCAUAUUACCAUGGUGUCAAACAUUAUGACGAAAAAGAAGAUUUCAACUACCAUAGCCUCCAGAAAAGUACUGGAUGGGAAGAUUAUGGUUAUGGCUAUGGGUCCUGGAAGAGAGGUCGUUGGAAUAGUUCUGGAAGUUUCUGGAAGGAGCAUGGCGAUGGUUUUAGUAAGAAAGUUGGUCAUGCUUUUGAGGGGAGGAGUGAAGACGGUACUAAAGACUGUUCCUCUCGCCGCCGACCUGGUAUGUCUCUAGGGUCUGGCGCUAUUAGACGAUCAUUACUAGCGCACACAGUUGUCGAGUGUGAGGCUGCCUGUUUUGGUGAAAGAGAAUUCAAAUGCGUUUCGUAUAGCUACAGGUAUUCCAGCUCUCCGGGAUCAGACAACUGCUUCCUCAGUGAGAGACCCUACAGAGGUCUGGAGAUGUCUGCUGACAGUGGUUCUGACGUAUACGCCAUGCCUCUUCAUCAGGGAUGUCUGACUGUCAAUACUAAACCUUGGGUUGAGAGUGAAUGCUUUUGGCACGUCCGUUCUGGGGCAGCAGUUAGUGGAAAAGCAGUGAGAGCAGCGUUAACUGUGACGGGCUUAGGUGCCUGUGAAGCUGAAUGCAUCAGAGCCCACAGCUUCUUCUGCAGGGGAUUUAGUUUUAGGUUCGACCCACCAACCAUUGGCGAUGACCUUGAGAACUGCAUCCUGACUUCAUCACCACCAACAUCCCUUGAGCUGAAACACGGUCUAACCCCCAACAAACACGAAUUAUACUCCAGAGGAAACUAUGGCAGGGGGUGUGAACCUGCUUUGUAUGAUGAUGUUCACCGGGAACCAGAAUGCUACCUCCAGUAUGAAAAGUCGGCGAAAUUGACACCGAUAUCAAUAAAGGGCCACGCCCACGCCAAAGACGAAAGAGCUUGUGGUCUUUUCUGCUCCGAUGCACCGUUUACUUGCCUGAGCUUCUCCUUUAAAAAUAACGCCCCUCCGGACACAGAAAACUGUCUCCUAUCAGAGAUCCGUCUGUUCGACCUACAACGAGGAGUUGAUUAUGAGCACUCCGUUGACGAUCUGUUGUUCGCUUUCGAUCUGUUCAACCAACAGUGCUGGCGGAAGGUGCAUGGCAAUGGAGAAUAUGAGGUGCCAUCGUUCGAAGUACCCCGUCCCUUAUCAUCGCCAACUAUAGAAGAAACUUAUCCUGGACCAGUCUCCGCACCAGAUUUUCCACCGCCGCCACCAGAAACGUACAUCAGCAGUUCCGGUCCAACCGGACCGGUUUACCCUGGAUCAGAACCUCCAAAACCUUAUAUAGUUGAAACCGGUUACAAACCGGGUUAUGAUUUAGGACCACCAAUAAAACCUAGCUACUUACCAAGUGGUCCAGAAAUCACAGGACCGAGCGGUCCACCCAGUUAUCCACCCGGUUCGAGCUUUAAACCAAGCUAUCCACCCGGAGAUUUUGAACCAAGCAGACCAAGCUAUGAACCAUAUCGCCCAGUACAUAGACCAAGUUACAAACCCGAUUAUUUGCCAUCGGGUCCAAGUGGACCUGGUUUUAAACCCGCUGAACCCUCAUAUCCGAGCGGUCCAAGUUAUCCCUCAUAUAAACCGGCCUAUCCUCCUUAUUAUCAGGACAGACCGGCCUAUAAACCGUCAUAUAGUCCAAGUGGUUCCGGAUAUAAACCUCAAGGUUCUGGAAGUAGACCAGCUGGUCAUCCAGGUCAAGAUGUGGGAUAUAGGCCGCAAAGACCGCCGCCUGUUGAUAGAAUUGACGAAUCCUUAUCGGUGUCAUGGCGCCACUACACAGUGUCAGGGUUCCCCUGUAGGAAGGGAACAGUCUGUGAGCAGAACCUCAUCGCUGGACAUUGGGCUUGCGAGCCUGAGGGUGGAGAAAUUGGUUCUUGGGACUACUGUUGCGCUGCGACCCAUAGAUGUGGAUACAGCGAAGGAUUCCAAAAACCAUGGUGUUAUGUCGGUCCAUCCCAUGAGCAGUGGCGUCCGUGCAGCGAAAAAUAUUAUCCGUACCAUCAGCACAACGUACCUCAUCCAUCCCAGGGACACAGAGAGGCAAUCCGACCUAGACCAGACCAAACCAAGAAACCCAUAGACAAACCAAGCUACGUGCCGGUAGAGAGAGACAAGUAUACCGGAGGAUACUUGCCAGAGGGAGACAGAAAAUAUUGGGAUGAUUUAUACAAGAAUGGUCCUCAAGCUUAUUAUGAUAAGAAUGGGAAUCCUUUGCCAGGGUACACCAGAGUACCAAUAGAAGAUGGACCACAUAUAAAAUAUCAACGGAAUCCUGCAAGACCAGGUUCAGGAUACUGGAUACCCGUGUCUUCACCUGAUGAUGAUGCACCACCUGCAGCUGGUGGAUUGGGAGUGCCAAGGUACUGGCCCGUAGCGUACCUACACAAAGAAUCUCCACCAAACAUGACGUACUUCAGGUAUAACGACACUACAACAACUGAAAGAUACAACACAAGACCACCAAACAACCAACCUGAUACUAAACGCGUUAACUUAGACAAACCUAUAGGAAACGAUUUAGAAAGCAGAUCUCUAGAAAAUAGCCCCAGAGCAGAAAAAAGAAUAAAUAUUACUGGUGACGAAAAAGACGUUUAUGAACUUAAAAUAAUUAAUCAAACAACUACAACUUUGAAACCAGAGAUCAAUGAAACUGUUACAGAAAAUGUAACAGAGAAAGAGAUAUUAAAAGUGAAUGAUACGGAAACGCCGAGUAAACCUGUCAUUGCUAAUGUAGAAGAGGACGAUAUAAUUAGCGGAAUAGAUGGAAAGUUACAUGAUUUCACGAAAUCAAUCGAAGUCUACGACAUAGAAGAUGUUAAAGAUGAUAAAAUAUCUGAUUUCAAAACUUUGGAAGCUGAAGAGAGACAGAUCGAGGCAAUAGGCAGACUUUUAGCUUCAAGACGCGCUGGAAAACUUGUAAUACGCAAACGAUCACAAAAAGAUUUAGAAUCCAAAAGCAUUUCUCUAGAUAAAGAUUUUGUAGAUUUUAAUUUUGGUAACAAAUUCCCAACUUCAGAACGACGCGGUGUUAUCCAAAAAGUUUCCAAAGAAGAUAUAGAGAAAAGUAAGUUUUUGAAUGAUAAGAGUUUAGAAGUAAGUGAAACAGCUUCGUUUGUGAGGCCUCCCAGGGUUUUGAGUACCACCGACAAUGUAAGGAAAGCCGUUGUUAAUGGGAAGGUAUUUUAUGAUGCAACGAUAAGAGAUCAGAGAGAGUUAUACGCAAAUUCAACUCGACGAGCAAAAAACCUACGCCUUGAAGAGCAUCGUGCGCCUUCUGUAAUACCUACAGUGGGUAUUAAAAAGAAAAAUAAUAUUAGAACUCGGAACACCAAUCCAGUAAGGCGUGUACGAAGGGUUUAUAAAAAGAGAUAUAAUCCAGAGGAACUGAGAAAGAGAUUGUUGGAAAGAGAGAAGAAUAAAAAUGCAACCGAAGCUAUUAGAAGUUAAAUGAAUUAUGUUAUCUCAAUAGUUAAAAUAAAAGCUGAAAUAAAUUAUUUUUAACAUUAACAUGUUAUGUGGCAUUUUUA